CGCUGGCUAGUUCACAGCAAGCUGACGGACGUGGCGAUUUUAUACCAACAUCACAUCCAUGUUUACUUAUAUUGUGUAUGGUUGUCGGUCACACGCCGUUCGUUGUGUGUCGGUCGUGCGAGCGCCUUUCGUUUGCUUUCAUAAUCCAACCAAGCGGUUCUGCUCCUUUCAGUUACAAUCUGAGUGCCGCCUUCAAAGUGUCGCGAAUUUCGAUCGCCGAGAUCGAUCCGCAUCGGUCGCCUUCGGUUCCAAGUUGCAAGAAACUUAAAACAUGAUCGGAGAAUGAUCGAAUAAUUCUUGGUGGUUGAUCUGGGAUUCCCGUGAUUUGAAAACACUGAUGAUGUGAGUGGAAUUUGCUUUUGAGAAGAAAGUUUUUGUGACUACAGACUUUGAAAAAUGAAGCAAUCAUUUGGUGGUGGUUAAACAAAGAUUGCGGAAAACAAGAAGUUGACAAGUGUGUUGUAUAGGAAAACAAAAAAACUGUUCGCUAAGUGAUAAAUAUUAAGAAGCUAUAAAGUGAUAGUUUUAAUUGGAAUAACUGAGACAACGAUUUAGCUCGGUGUUGCUGGAUAGCCCACUGUCAAACCGAAAGCCACAGUAGGCGUGGAACCAGCACGCAAUGGGACCUAACGACAACAACAACGUUAUGGAAGAUGAUCCCAGCCUGCCGGAUCUACCCAACAACCUCAUAGUGACGGAUGACAUUUUGGACCUUAUCAUUGGUAUAAUCGACAAAGAGAUGCCACCAACAGCGCCACAGCCGAAGCACGUCGUCAUCACCGAGCAGCCCCAGUCGAAGGCGCUGCGGUUCCGGUAUGAGUGCGAAGGCCGUUCCGCCGGGUCGAUUCCCGGCGUCCACAGCACCCCCGAGCAGAAGACCUUCCCGGGCAUCGAAAUCCGCGGCUACAAAGGCCGCGCCGUGGUCGUAGUGUCCUGCGUGACCAAAGAUCCGCCCUAUCGGCCCCAUCCGCACAACCUGGUCGGCAAGGAGGGCUGCAAGAAGGGCGUCUGCACGGUCGAGAUCAACAGCAGCACCAUGAGCUACACCUUCAGCAACCUGGGCAUCCAGUGCGUCAAGAAGAAGGACAUCGAAGAAGCGCUCCGAUUGCGCGAGGAAAUCCGGGUGGAUCCGUUCAAAACUGGAUACGGUCACGCCAAGCAACCCGCCACCAUCGAUCUCAAUGCCAUCCGUCUGUGCUUCCAGGUGUUCCUGGAGGGUCAACAGCGCGGCCGGUUUACGGAACCGCUGCAGCCGGUCGUGUCCGAUGUGAUCUACGAUAAGAAAGCCAUGUCCGAUCUGGUGAUCUGUAAGUUAAGUGACGUUACGGCUCCGGUAGCCGGCGGUCGGGAGAUUAUCCUGCUGUGCGAGAAGGUCGCCAAGGAGGACAUCGCGGUGCGCUUCUACGAGGAACAGCACGGCAACAUCGUUUGGGAAGAGUACGGCGAAUUUCAGCACACCAACGUACACAAACAGGUGGCGAUCUGCUUCCGGACGCCCCGCUAUCGGACACUGGACGUUGAACAUCAUGUGAUGGUGAACAUACAACUGAAGAGGCCAUCGGACGGUGCUACCAGUGAGCCGCUGCCAUUCGAGUUGACGCCGCUAGACUCAGGUAGGCGUAGAUUCUGGUCACUGAAGCGUGACAUACUGAAAAAUGCUUCUCCGGAAAAUGAAAUCUUCAAAAAGAUCCUCUUGGAUGGUGAAGUUCAGUUAGGAAACCCCCCGGUACAGGAAUCCGACGAAGUUAUUGUGUUAGAUACUCCAGUCGCCGAGAGCAAACCGAUCGUGACGGAGCAAAUUCCGAGCGAUCAGAAAACGACCGAAUGGAUCGAGCGAAACGAAUUCGACGAUAUCAACAACAAUAGCCCGGUUUCCAGUGAUGACAAUCAGUUGCUCUCCUCCAAUGAUUCCGUUGAACAGCAAGUUCCCAAAGAGGACGAAGAUAAGACUCUGAACGAACUGCUGGAACAGGUUGCCGAGCUCGACGAGAUCUACACUGAUCAUCAGCUUCGUCGCGAGAAUAUGAUCAUUGAAAACGAGUUGAAACUUCUGGAAAAGACCAUUCCUACGGGUUUGGACGGAACCGGAGAAAAGAUGGAUAUGGACGAUGUCUUCGAUGACGCCGCUACUUACACUAGUCUGCAACGUGCCUUCAAAAAUCCAGUUCCUCUUUCUUUAGGGCCUCCGGUUCCUCCAAGACCUCAUUUUCAGCUAGAGCUAGAACCCGGAGUCUACGAUGCCGUUGAACCCAUGCUUAUUUGUCCACCCUCCAUUGAAAUUGGCUCAUUGAAACGUGAAAGCAAAGAAGACGAAAAGCUUCCUCCUCUACCUCCCAAACGUGCUAAACCCAAUUCCCAGAACAAAGAAAAUGCCAACCUCGAUACCGGCGACGAAGCAAUUCUUCACAGUAUAAUUCGGAAAGGUUCCAUGCGUAGUUUAACCCCACGUCCUCAGUCUGAUCAGAUUAUUAUCAUGAAAUCUCCCGACAGUCCUCCUAAUAAGAAACUUCCUCCCACUCCGCCGGCCUCUCCAACUAAAAACGACUACGGAACAUUGCCCAAAACCAAAAAGUCCGGCUUCUUUUCAAAACUCUUCUCUCGCAAAAAGAGCAAGUCCGAUCUUUCCGCUAGUACAACUACUCUAACACAAAAGAGCACCCCUGGAGCAUCCAAGGAACCCAGCUUGGCCAACUUCGAUUCGAAUGAUUCCACUCGAGAUUCCGUUCGCAGUAAGACUUCGGCCGCAGAGAAAGGAGGCGAUAAACGAAAACAAGGCAAGCCGGUUGCUCGCAGUGUUAGCAGUGUCUCCCACAAACGGCCUACUACCGAGUCCAAUCCCGAUGUGAUCUACAUCCCUCUGAAGGGAGAUGGACCAACCAUUAACCUUCCGACCCGCACUGGCAGUGGCACUCAUCUGUCUCUUCCGGGAAAUGAUUCUUACGAUCGGGCCAGCACGGCUUCGCUUCCUCCCUUGGACCGAAGAGCCGUCAGUGCCCUACAGCUGGACGUUCCGAUCCAGGACGGCAAUAUGGAACUUGUGGCCAUUGCCGAUGCUCGCAGUAUAAAAAAUCUAGUCGAAGGAGAUUACGGCAUCAAACUAGAUCCCAGCGUGGACCUCACCGAAGCCGAACACUUCGCCCUCUACACCUCGAUAGCGCCCAAUGCUGCGCUGAGCGAGUUUGACGAAACCUCCGCCUACUACGCCCCGGUAGAACCCGGUCCCCUUCCAUACCUUCGCCCUAAUAGUACUGCUUACAGCGCCGAUGUCUAAGCAAAACACACCGAAAUCGUUUCGCAUCUCUAAUUUUACCCACAUCAUUUUUCUAAGACGAAUUUUAACCGCACACCACACUCAAAAUCAUCCUUUUUAUUGACAUACUGUACUUAUUUCCAUGUGUUUGUAGCCAAACGAAAGAAACGCAAGCCUAACCACUGGGGGGACACCCCAGAACAUAUGCCAGAAGCAGCCCGUAAGUGUCCUCCUGCCUCUUCCCUUGAUCUCACCCUCCUCAUCUCGUCGCUAUGCGCAUCGCUCUACACAUUAACACGCAUCCCUCGAACCGCCAUUCUAAUUU